CCAGUGCUGAACACUGGGGAUGAGCACAUAGGGAAUCCUCUUAACCAGGUAAUCUCUGUACCCAUCUGCUGUCACAUUCAUAAACCACAUACAGCUUCCUCAAAUAUGCCAUUUCCCAGCUAGUCUCUGUCAACCAGCACAAGUUAAGACCAUGCUGCUUUCUCCUCUGGCAGAGAGGAACUGGGAGGACCUGUGUUUAGUGCUUGAAGAUGUGCUGGAUGACCAGUCCCACAGGCAGCUGUUUGCCUUAGAGCUAGGCUCUGGAACUGGGCAGCAUGUCAUACGCUUUGCCCCGAAGAUGCCCUUUGUUACCUGGCAGCCAUCAGACAUCAAUGAAGAGUCAAGGGAAAGUAUUAAGGCAUACAUUGCUGCGACCCAUGCAAAGAAUGUGCUGCAACCUGUUCACCUGGAUGCCAGCGAACCGUGGGAGAAAUGGGCAGGCCUUCUCAGUAAAUCCUGUGAUGUUAUUGUUGCCAUCAACCUACUGCAGUACAGCUCCUUCAAAACAGCACAGGGUGUUUUCAAUGGGGCAGGCAAGAUCCUCCGACAAAAUGGCCUUUUGAUUACAUACGGGAUGUAUGCUAUAAAUGGCAUCAUUACACCAAGUUGUAACGAACAGAUGGAUGCUGAUAUUCGCCAAAAGAAUCCAGAGUGGGGUCUUCCAGAUAUCGAUGUGCUGAGACAGCUGGCCUAUGGGAACGAGAUGCGUAUGGAGAGGAUUAUUGAGAUGGAAGAAUUCUACAAAUGCCUCAUCUUCAGAAAACUUGAAAAGAACCAAACUGCUUGAAGAAGAAAAACUAAACCUUGUUUUCCAUCUUGACAUGAGUCAAUGUAAUGCUAUGGCCUUUACCCCUCUUAUUGAAACAUGUAUGAACAUGACAUUGAACACAAUCCUAUGGAAGGUUACAAAGACGAUAAAGCAAGUGGACAAUAAGAACCAGAUAUUUAUUAAAUAUAGUUUUAAAAUUACCGUUUAAGUCAGACAGAUCAGUAUGAUGGAAUAUAGAAGUUCACAGAUGGUAACUGAAGGGUUACAGAUAUCACUGAUUGGGUGCGUGAUACAUACAUGCGGCACAUAAUGUUCGCUCAGCAAGCAAUUCCACAUUUGUUGAGAGCAGAGUACACUUUAGAAAAGAGUUCCCAAUUGUACUUACUCUAUAGAUCAUGAUCUGGGACAUUUGAACUUGGGAUAGGUGCCUGGAGGUCAUUUGAAUUAUUUAUAGGUUAAAAGUCCUAUGCUUCUUUCAGUCUGGUCUUAUCUUGUGACGGUGCAUUAUCAUCAGCAACACAAAUCAUUUUAAUAAACAGACGCAGAAUUA